AUGUCUGGAUCUUUUCCAGAACAAGGAGCUCCUCCUUCAUAUGAAGAAGCUAUAAAUCCAAAUGCUCCCCCUCCCUCAUAUGACUCACUAUUUGGAAGAGUCAGAGAAGCUCAAAAAACAAGUAAAGGGAUUUUAGAUUUUCUUAAGAAUAUUAUUAUAAUUGUUUUAGGAACAUUGGGCUGUACAAUAAUAUUAGGUGUUACAAUAGUUAUUCCAAUAUGUAUGAUUGUCAUGGGAUCCAUAUAUUUGCAUGAUUGUCCACAAGGAGAAUACAUUCCUGUUUAUCUAUUAGUAGGAGGUAUAUUUGGUGUUGUUAAACAACUUUUGCAUUUAUCAGCGAGGGUGAGACAAACAGAAGAAGAGAGACAAGAGGAAAAUUUGCGACAAUCACCAACACAGACGUUACUUAAUUGUUUUAUGUUAGGUUGGUUUAUAAUUGAACCCAAUAUCCAAAAUUCUGAAGUGGUACCGGAAAGUGGCAGUGAAAUUAAUAUUUAA